GAUGGCGGGAGGAGUGUCACAUCAGAGCCCGUGUUCUCCUAGACUAGUUUAGAAAGUCUCUGGUCAUAUUAAACAUAACUCGAAUUUGCAUUUGAACGUCCAACUUAAUAUAUUGAUGCUUCGAUAGUACGGUACAUUCAACAGUAACUUUAUGUCAACUCCAAAUUACUGACAGUGGCUACUAGAAAUGCCAUCAAGAUUCUAAAUAUGACUGACAGAACAUUACCAGGAUGGAUGUCAAACAUGCAAAACUCGGAAAAAGCAACAGAACAGAGUGGUCCCUACAAGAAGAAUGUCCUUGAGCCUGAUCUACCUUUUCUGGAGUUCACAGGAACUAUCAUAUACAGUCAGGAGAAAAAUGACAGUUCAUUUCUGUCAGAGGAUUUAAGGUCAUGCCUUCCCCCUGGCUCUGCUAUAGGCUUCGAUCUGGAAUGGCCCCCCUCCUUCACCAAGGGGAAAACCAAGAAAGUGGCCAUGGUCCAGCUGUGUGCCUCUGAGCAGAAGUGUUAUCUGUUUCACUUGUCUUCCAUGUCAGGAUUUCCCCCUGGCCUAAAAAUGCUUUUGGAGGAUGAGACACUUAAGAAGGUCGGGGUCGGAAUAGAAGGAGACAUGUGGAAGUUGCUGUCUGAUUUUGAUAUCAAACUGCGCAACUUUGUAGAGCUCUCUGAUCUGGCUAAUGAAAAGCUGAGGUGCAUGGAGAAGUGGAGCCUGGAUGGACUAGUCAAGCACCUCUUCAGGAAGCAGCUCUUCAAAGAAAAGGGUGUCCGCUGUAGCCAGUGGGAUGAAUUUGAGCUCACUGAAGACCAGAAGAGAUAUGCUGCCACUGAUGCUUAUGCUGGCCUGAUCAUUCAUCAAAAGCUGGAGAGCAUUAUUCAAGGAGAGUGGAAGGGUCAGAGCGAUCUCAAAGGCAAACUCUCUCAAUUGGCCAAGAACCUCAGUUGUCUCACUGACUGCAUUCCUCCAGGAGCACCUUGCACAAGCAGAACUGAGGAACUGAUAGAGGAAGUAUCUCAGAGACUUGAGGCCUUAAGAGAGGAGAUACUGGUGAACAGCAUAUCGGCCGAAAAUGUACAGCCCAAGCCCCAUGAUUCUUCCACCACUUGCCCCAUUUUGCCUGAUCAAAGACAGUCCCCAUCCGAAGAUCAUCACAGUGGGAAUGACAGAGGCCCUAUGAGAGACACAACACACAUUGAGGACUGCAACAGGAUUAACGACUGGAAAAGUGCCUCUAAAGAUUGCAUCAUGUCCUUGGACAUCUCGGAGUUUGAACUGCAGAUGAUAGAGAUGCAGGCCAAACAAGAAGAGUUGGAAGAGCAGUCCACCCUGGACUUCAAGAAAACUUCACUGAAUACGUCCUCUGACUUUUCCUGCGAGGUCGAAAGUGAUGAAGACUUGGAAAAUGAAAUGCUGCAGUGUGUGGAGGAAAUGGAGAAGCUGAAUAAUGGAAACACUGUGACAUGCCAUGGUCAGAAACAAUCCCAGGAAGAAUGUUUGGCCAUAGAGGAAGAUGACGAAGACAUUGAAGAGGAAGAGGAGGAGGGAUUUGAUCCGACACUUCCUCAGCCCACCCCUGAGCAAGUUAAAUGUCUUAAGAUGUAUUUUGGACAUCACAGUUUCAAACCUGUACAAUGGAAAGUGAUCCAUUCUGUUCUCAGAGAAAGAAGGGAUAAUCUAGUUGUCAUGGCAACUGGUUAUGGGAAGAGUCUGUGCUUCCAGUACCCCCCAGUGCUGUGUGGGAAUGUCAGUGUGGUCAUUUCUCCCCUCAUCGCUCUUAUGGAGGAUCAGGUGCUGCAGCUCCAAAUGUCCAACAUUCCAUCUUGUUAUCUUGGAUCAGCCCAGAAAAAUGAUGUUUCCGCUGACUUAAGAAAGGGACACUUUCGAGUGGUGUAUAUGACUCCAGAAUUCUGUUCAGGAAAUAUACCGCUCCUGGAACACCUCAACAACACCAUUGGCCUUUCACUGGUAGCCAUUGAUGAAGCCCACUGUAUAUCUCAGUGGGGACAUGACUUCAGAAAUGCUUACAGGAACCUGGGAAAGCUCAAGAAGGCUCUUCGGAAUGUUCCCAUAGUGGCUCUCACUGCCACGGCCAGCCCUUCUAUACGUGAGGACAUCGUCAAGUGUCUCCACCUGAAGGAUCCCAUCAUCACCUGCACCACAUUUGAUCGACCCAACCUUUAUCUGGACGUCAACCGAAAGUCCAGCAACAUCUUCCAGGACUUCAAGCCUCUCCUUAACAAGAAGAACGGGGGUGGAUAUGAGUUUGAGGGCCCUGCCAUCGUAUACUGUGCUGCUAAAAAGUUGGCCGAACGGGUAGCGGCCGAGCUCACAAAGCUAGAGAUCCGCUGUGGAGUCUACCACGCCGGGCUCCAGAUCCAACAGAGAAGAGAAACUCAGCACCGCUUCAUGAGAGACGAGAUCCAGUGCAUCGUUGCCACUGUGGCUUUUGGUAUGGGCAUUAACAAGGCUGACAUCCGCAAAGUCAUCCACUACGGGGCGCCUAAAGAGAUGGAGUCCUACUACCAAGAAAUCGGAAGAGCGGGAAGAGAUGGCCUACCAGCUGCAUGUCAUGUGUUGUGGGCACCUCAGGACAUGGCCUUGAACAGAUUUCUGCUAAACCAGACCAACAGUGAUAAAAUGAGGAUUUAUAAAAUGCAGAUGAUGGCCAAGAUGGAGAAGUAUCUGAACUCAACUAGAUGUAGAAGAAAGCUGAUUCUGUCCCAUUUUGAAGACAAGCAGCUACGGAAAGUUACGUCAGGGAUCUUGGGGACCAACAAGUGCUGUGACAACUGUAAAUUGGGCUCUACCAGGUCAGUUCUCAGUCCCAGCAAGGCUGACUCUGAGCAAAGCAUGCAAGACUUUGGUGAAGGCGCCUUCCAGUUACUGGGUGCAAUUGAUUCUCUUGGGGAACGUUUUGGGGUGACUGUCCCCAUCCUCUUUCUCCGAGGCUCUACUGCACAGAAAGUUCCAGAAAAGUACAGACGGCUUCCUCUGUUCGGUGCAGGGAAGACUGUGCCUGAGGCCUGGUGGAAAGCGCUGGGCCGUGCCCUGGUCCUCGAGAGCUACCUGGCAGAGUGCUCCGGCUACAACAAGUUCACCACCCUCUGCAAAAUCACCCCCAAGGGCAGGACAUGGUACAGCAAAGCAAAGGUCGCCAGCCAGAGAACCCUCCUGCUUCAGCCCAAUCAGGAUCUGCAUGUCAGGGCCUCGGCUCCUAGACAAAAUACUGAGACAACAAACAUUAGGAGCCAGUCGCCAACCGUUGCAUCAGAAUCUCCUCAGAGGGCCGGUAUAUUUUCCAGGACUGCAUCCAGUCCGCCUGUUAAUAAAGUGGGCGAUUCCUCCAGGACGCUCUCCAGACCCGUGGCCCACCCAGCCCCCAAACCCCAGCCUCCGCCUGUUUCUGCCAGAGAUCUGGAGCUUCAGACUGAGCUGUAUGGUAAGCUGGUUUAUGAGCGACAGAAGCUGGCUAGUCUUAGGGAUAUCCCACCUGCCAUACUAGCUACCAACAAGAUCCUCUUGGACAUGGCAAAGACCAGGCCGUGCACAGCGGCGAGCCUGAAGCAAGUGGACGGGGUGAGCGAGGCCAAGUCCAUCAUGCUGCAGCCGCUGCUGCACACCAUCGUACAGUUCUGCAAGACUCACGGCCUCCAGAUGAGCAUCCCAUCAACAACAGCAUCUUCUGCUCCUGCCCAGACUUGUCCCUCAGUGGGCAGUGCUGCGCCCGUCAUUAUGCCAGACAGCCAGCUCACCACCUACAAACUCUUUCAACUGGAGGGCAAAACACUGAGGCAGGUGUGUGACCUGCGUAGCCUGCCCCUCUCGGUGGUGGAGUGCCACCUCCUGCAGGCCCUGAGUGCCAACCACCCGCUGGACUUGGAGAGAGCCGGCCUCACAUCCCACGUCCGCACCGCCAUCACUCGCAUCAUCACCUCCCCUCCCAUCAACUCAGACCUGAGUGAUGUGAAGGCUAUCCGAGCCCAAGUGCCUGAGGAGAUCAGCACCUUCCUGAUGCGCCUCACCGUGACUCUGCUCCAGAGGGAGGGACUCCCGCAUGGAGCUGCCGGCAGCAGCAGCCAGGCCUCCAGGAAUGAGCCUGCUUGGAUCGAGCCAGAGGACAAGCCCAUACAAGCCUCCAAGCCUCUACCUCCGAGAACUGCACCCCGACCGGCCCCCAAACCGGCGUUCCAGCCUCCUCUCUUCAGGCCUCCUCCCCAGGCUUCCACCGUCCUGCCAGCCCUGGACGAGAUGGACGGCAGUGAAGAUGACCUCUUCAGCGAGAUGCCCAUGCCAGAGGAUGAGGAUUUGGUGAGCGACAAUAGUGCAACUCACGGCAGGUCCCAUGCCGGAGACGUCCCUGCGGUCGCCCCCCACACCUCCGCCAUGGACUUAACCUCGUGGAACCAGGAAGAGCUGGACACAGACACCCAGGAGCUCUUUGCCGAAUCUCCCACGCAGCAGCAGAGCGAGAGUGUGAGCCAGCCAGUGAAAAGGAAACUUCCUGAGUGGGCAGAAGCGCCACGAUCAUCCCUCUCUGUGGCCACGGCAAAGAAAAACAAACGGAAAAAAGGACUGUUCAUGUAAAAAGUUUUUCUACGAAGCCUCUACCUCUGUAACAUCCCCUCUUGAAGACUCUCCAUUCUUUCUUUAUUCACUGCAAAAUAUGUAAAUAGUUGAUUUUUGAUACCAUAUUAAUAAAGUCAUAAAUAUAAUUAUGUAUUUGCUAUCAGUCACUGCUUACACUAAUUUUAAUAUUUUUUUUCAGUGAUUUGUAAAUCAGUCCAAGUCAGUGUUUUUCACUUAAGCAUUGUUUCAUAAUGCCACAGGCGAUCUGUGAAAUGUGAGUUAAUGUCAUGCACUGCAUUAAACAGGAAGAAAUGGCA